AGGACUGUUUAUUUCUAUCUCAGACAGAGGCCACAUCAGGUCCAUCGUCAACAACUGGCCAGAGAAUGAUGUUAAGGCCGUUGUCGUCACGGAUGGAGAAAGAAUUUUGGGGCUUGGAGACCUUGGUGUGUAUGGGAUGGGAAUUCCAGUUGGAAAACUCUGCCUGUACACAGCCUGUGCAGGAAUACACCCAGAUAAGUGUUUGCCUGUCUGCAUCGACGUCGGGACCGACAACACCACCCUCUUAAAAGAUCCAUUUUACAUGGGCCUCUACCAAAAAAGGGAUCGCUCCCAGGUCUACGAUGACCUCAUUGAUGAAUUUAUGGAAGCCAUCACAGACAGGUAUGGCCAGAACACCCUGAUCCAGUUUGAAGACUUUGGAAACCACAACGCUUUUCGGUUUUUAAGAAAAUACAGAGAGAAAUAUUGUACCUUCAAUGAUGAUAUUCAAGGGACAGCUUCAGUGGCCUUGGCAGGACUGCUGGCAGCACAGAAGGCCACUGGUAAACCACUUGCAGAGCAGAAAGUGCUGUUCCUUGGAGCAGGAGAGGCUGCCCUGGGAAUUGCAAACCUCAUCGUGAUGGCCAUGAUGGAAAGUGGUGUUUCUGCUGAGGAAGCCUACAGGAGAAUAUGGAUGUUUGACAAAUAUGGUUUACUGGUUCAGGGUCGAGAACAUAAAGUAGAUUCCAACCAAGAACCCUUCACACAUCCAGCUCCAGAGCAGAUACCCAAGACCUUUGUAGAGGCAGUGAGUGUCCUUCGACCUUCAGCUAUCAUUGGAGUGGCAGGAGCUGGGAGGCUCUUCUCUCAGGAUGUGAUCAAAGCAAUGGCCUCUAUCAACGAGAGGCCCAUCAUCUUUGCCCUCAGCAACCCCACAGUGAAAGCUGAAUGCACAGCAGAGGAGGCCUACACCUUGACAGAGGGACGUUGCUUGUUUGCCAGUGGCAGUCCCUUUGAGCUGGUGACUCUGAAGGAUGGAAGAACCUUCAAACCAGGCCAAGGAAACAAUGCUUAUAUUUUUCCAGGCGUGGCUCUGGCUGUGAUCCUCAGCAGCGUGCGACAUAUUAGUGACAAGGUUUUCCUAGAAGCUGCUAAGGCAUUGGCAGAGCAGUUGACCGAUGAAGAGCUUGCACAAGGAAGGCUUUAUCCUCCACUGUCUAAUAUCAGGGAAGUUUCUAUUAAUAUUGCUGUCAAGGUUAUGGAAUUUUUAUAUGCCAACAACAUGGCUUUCCAUUACCCCGAGCCCGCCGACAAGAACCGUUACAUUCGCUCCAAGGUUUGGACCUACGAGUACGAAUCCUUCAUGCCAGAUGUCUAUGACUGGCCUGAAUCUAAG